UAUAUAUAAGGAGCAGCAUUAGCAUCAGUCAGCAGUGACAGGAGAAUUCUGAGGAACCGUGCAGAAGGAAGGAUGGGGAUUUACUGUGAACAGGGACCACCCCUGGUCGAGCCCAAGAGUGAUGUCACCUUCAUGAAGCAAAAACAGAGCCUGCACAGUCCUCGGGGAGUGAGAGGUCAGCGUGGUACCCAGCACCAACGAUCAGGACAGCUCAACCAGCAGCUCACGGACACAAUGUUCUUAGUUGGUGGCUGGACCUCAAAGAACCCCUCAUGCCCAGUUGAACGAUUCUGCCCCCUUUAUAAUGAAUGGAAGCUCAUGGCUCCCAUGCGCAGUCAGCGUGGAGAUGUGGGCGUCUGCAGCCUGGCCGGGAUGAUCUACGUGGUUGGAGGGAGAGAUGAUCUCACCUGUUUGAGCAGCGUGGAAAAGUAUGACCCUAAUACAAACGAGUGGAGCAGCGAGGUGGCCUCCCUGAGCAGCCCCCGGAGCGGAGUGUGUGUAGUGGAGAUGGAUGGCUACAUGUAUGCCCUCGGGGGACAUGACGGCACUGUCUGCACCAGCACUGUGGAAAGGUAUGAUCCAGAAAUAAGCAGCUGGACUAAACUGACCCCCAUGCGCCAGCCUCGGUCAGGGGCCACCGCCGCCGUGCUGGACGGCUACCUGUAUGUGAUGGGAGGCACAGAUGGAGACAUGGCCCUGUGUUCAGUGGAGCGCUUUAACCCAUUGGACGGGACGUGGCAGACCUGUGCCCCAAUGGGCACCCCCAGAGAGCGGGCAGGGUGCGCCGUGUAUCUGGGAUGCCUGUAUGUGGCGGGGGGCCGGGAUGAGCUCAUGCUGGAGCUCAGCACUGUGGAGAAGUUUGACCCCCACACCCUCCACUGGACACCUGUCCCACGCAUGAGGAACAAGCGUCACCAAGCGUCGCUGCUGGUGUUUGGUGAAAGGCUGUUGGCAGUAGGAGGCUGGGACGGCACGUCCAAUCUCCGAACCAUCGAGACCUAUAAUCCUGACGCUAACGGCUGGAGACAUUUUGGAUCUGUGAAGGUUUCUCAUCCAGGAGGACAGUGUGUUUUGGUGAAAACCACUCAAAAGGAUGUUUUAUGACUUUGUAUAUACUUACUAAUGUUUUUUUUAGAGACAGUCUGUAUUUGAUAGUAUGUUAUUACUUGAUUGUAUUGAUCUUGUUUAAAGGCACUUAUUAAUGAAUCACUUACAUAUACACUUCAUAAUCAAAGCUUAUAACAGAUUUCUGCAAUUAUCUAAUUACUCAAGUUGUCGUAUAAAUAGCAUAUUCCAGUGUCUGCACACAGGGCUAUUUCACAAGGCAUGUGGAGGCCCCAAGCAAAUGAUUUGAAAGUAAAAAAUAAUGUCAGUCAGUCAAUAGCUUUAUUCAUUCUAGAGAUAAAGACAGUGAACAGCUGGUGUACAUGAAAACUGCUGAACAUGUUCCAGUCUGGUUGUAUGCUUUCAGAAGCUAAAGGGAUGCUGCAUUGACUGUCAUAGAAUGUAAACGGCUUCUCACACAGUUUGUUGUUGCAUUCAGUUCAUUACAAGUGGUUGUCUGGGGACCCCAGGCAUUUGAUUGGUUUGCCUGUCCUGUUGCAAUGGGCCUGUCUACACAGUCUGUGCAUGCAUAAAAAAAAACAUUGUAGGGGAAAUAAGUAAGCAUCUGUUGACACAAGUUUGAGUUUUCUGUGAUGUUUAUUUCUAGUCUUAUUCUGCAAGAUUGGCUGGUUUGAAAGCAAAACUCUGAUUCAUUGAUCCACUUAUGUAAACAAUGGGAGUUUUCCAUUAUCUGAUUACAUAAGCUCAAGUAAACAGGUUGACUGCAUUAGUGUCAAACUCAAGUGUUGCAGAAAUCGGAUUAUAAAGUGCACUUACCUACUUCGUUGUAUCCUAACUUAUUGUGAAUUAUUAAAAUAAAGUAUAAUAUAAUCUGAAAAACACAGCAUUUUGUUCAAAACAUUACAGCGUCAUAUCUACACAUUAUUUUUUAUUUAAUAUUAAAAUUAAUAUUGUAAUGGAAUAUAACCAUGAUAUUUUUUCUUUACAGCUCUGGCCAGACUAUUAAACUACAAUUCAAACUUAAUUCACAAUAAAAGUUAGACAUAAAGUUAAAGAGGACACAUUAUAGCUCUUCUUACACACGUUAGAAUAGAUCUUUGGCCUAUAAUGUACAAAACAUGUUUAUGAAGUUCUUUGCACCAAAUUACUUUCACAUAAAAAAAGAUCUGUUUGCCACUUUCAGUUCCUUUCAGAAUGAGCCAUUUAAGGGCUCUGUCACUUUUAUGCAAACAAGCUGUUGCUGGAUGAGAAUGUAUACACUGAGAGUUUACCACAUGAUAGUGUUAGCUUGUUCUAAAUGGCGGAACAUAAACUAGUUAAAGCUAGUUCAUGCUUACCUGUGAUAGAAUCACAAAAUUCUCUUUUAGGUUGUACAGAUGUGUAAUGUAUGCUUUCGGAAUUUGCUGUUAUUUAAAUAAACCAAUUUUUUGAUCGA